CUCUGGCAACCACGCAUGUUCCAUCACAUAAAACCGGCAGCCACGCCCCCUUGCCCCACAGUGCAUCUCGUGCAGGUGGAAGUAUACGCAGGCAACAGGAGGAUCUCUCCUAUAAAGAAGUGUCAACUGAAUCAGUUCAAGUGUCAGCUUAGAAGGAUGAAGUUGUCAGCUGCAUUUUUGCUUGGCGUAGCGACCCUCGUCAGCUGCGCUCCACAAGAUUUCACUCCCGAUGCCGAAUUCGUCAACCCCGUCUCAACCGGUGGCGGCGAUGCGGAUAGCCCUGACUAUAGCACUGACUAUAGCCCUGACUAUGGCCCUGGCUUUGGCCCUGGCUUUGGCCCUGGCUUCGGCUUCCGUCCACGAUUUUUCAUCUUAAAUCUCAGCCCUAAUAAUGACGACAACUCGGGAGGGUUCCACAACGUCUUACGCAACCUGUUCAACUCGGUGUUCUCCUUCGGCCGAGGCGACGAGGACGACACGGUAGCCAGCGACGACGGCACCCAGUUCCCGCUGCUGCCCUUCCUCCCCCCUUUCAACAACCCCCAACCCGACGACUACCCCGACAACUACACCAACGAGACGUACCAUGUCCACGACGUCAACGGAUCCAAAGUCGAAGUCAACCAGACCAUCACCAAAAACACAGACGACUCGGGCGUGUUCUUCCACAACGUGCACGUGAUCAGGGUCGUGCCUGAGGAGGACGCCGACGCGGGGACGGGGAGCCAGGACGGGACUGUGUUCCAGGAGGUGCCCCAGGAGGAACCCGCCAAGAACCAGAAACCCCACCAGCGUCGCCGUCGGUGGCUGGCCAACUUCGCUCGGUCCUUCGUCGGCGAUCUCCUCCUGCGCUACUACCCGGCUCAGGCUCCGGAGAAGGAGGAGUACGGGGAGCUGGAGGAACUGGGCGAGCUGGGGGAGAUGCGCGCCCCUCGACUGAGCUACGAAGGAGACACAGACGUCAACUUCAGGACGUCGAACCUUCGUGAUGAACCAGACGCUCAGGACUUCAGGGCGAUGUCCAUACGAAGGGAUCCCAAGCGCUGAAACUGAAAUGAGGGAAUGACAGUUAAAAAAAAAAGCUUUAAUUAGCAACAUGAUGAUACAGAAAAAAAACAUUGAUGUUGAGUAAGUUAUUAUAUGAUUGUGAGAUAUUUUUUAAUCUUUAGAGCCACAAAUCCCUUUAAAGAUGCUGAAGAGAUUCGUGAAUAGAUUAUGAUAGUUCAGAAUGAAAUAUCCACACACUAAUAAGAAGAAGUAUUUACGUAGCAAACUAACAGUCAGAUUAUAACGAAGAAUAUAAGACUAUAUAUUAUAUCCUAUAUCAUACACAA